CCACACAUAACACCAAAGCAAAUUGCUUUGCUGCUUUUGCAAACCUCACUCUCCAUUCUUCCUUGUCGAACACAAGGACCUACCAACAACCUCUAAGCUUUUCUGCAGCUACUAAAGCAGUGAUGAAGUUCACGACCGCCUUCGCCGUUGCCACCGCUGUGGCUUUCAGCUCCACUGAUGCUGAACGACUCAAGACCGGUGUCUGCUACUCUCCGUGGCACCACCAGAACGUUAACUGGGACGUGCUGCAGAACGACAUGAGGCAGGUGGCCCAGCACUUCUCGAGCAUCCGUACCUACGAGGCUUCGCUGGCCGGUGUGAACGCGGUCGACAUGGCUGCUGCUGCCGGCAUUCGUGUCGCUGUGGGUGUGCAACUGCAAAACCCCGGCCGUAUUGAUGCGGAGAUUCAGGCGGUGUGUGAAGGCUACGCUCGCAAUCCGUGGGCCGUCGAAGCUGUCUACGUCGGCAACGAGGACAUGCAGAACGGUGGAUUCGGCAAGUUUUCGGCCGACCAGCUCGUCGGCUACAUCAACCGUGUGCGUGCCUGUGUGGGCAACACGCCAGUCGGUUCGGUGCAGCGCAUCAACGAGUGGCUGAGUUCCGAUGGUGCGUGGAAGCUGGCGAACGCGUGUGACAACAUCGGUGUCAACAUCUACCCGUUCUUCACGCAGGGCUCGCAGCCUGCAGUGGAGAAGCUGCAGGCGCAAUGGCAACAAAUGGUGUCCAAGUUUGGCCCCAACAAGCUCCACCUCACGGAGACUGGCUGGCCGUACGCCGGUGAGAACUACCAGAAUAACCAGCCGUCGUACGAGGGCAUGCAGCAGUACCUGAACGACUACGUCAAGUGGUCUGCCGACAAGGGCCAGUCGUACUGGUUCAUGAUGUACGACACGACUGUGAGCUACACGGGCGCUGAGUACGAGAAGCACUUCGGUCUCUUCGGUACGGACAUGAAGCCGCACGUCAACAUCCCACAGUGCCCCAACCCGAACCAGCAGCAGCGUCUUCGUCGCGACUAAGCACCGAGUGUUCGGUGAGUGAUAAUGGAACCUACAAGGACGCCCAUCAUCACUGGAGACACACAAGGAGAAUACAAGAAUUUCAAGCCAAUUGACGAACUACCUCAUUACUUAGUAAUUAAUCAAUGAACGUAAUGCAGUUAAACGUUUGGCGAACUGACAAUGAACUGAUACUGAAAUGUGCUGUCCAAAAAACUAGAAAUUUUACUUCAGCAAAUGAAUCAUAACUACUCUG